CUAGAAAUGUCACAAUAAACAGCUGUCAAAUGGACUGCGAAAAGAAAACAACACACACAAGAGAGUUUGCGGUAGUUUAGGCUUUUGCAUGUAAAUUAUUUAUUCUAAUACGGUACGAAUCGAACAUAAAUAUGUCGUCGCCAGAAACCAGGCUAGAGCUGUACGAAGAUGGUGCGGAAUCGCCUUCCGAGCUAAUGACGGGCGAUAUGACCGUUUCGAGCGCACCGCGGAAUACGACCGACCCUACAGCACCCAACUUUAACACACUGGAUGAACCCAUUCGAGAUACAAUCAUGCGUGACGUAAAGGCUGUCGGUGUCAAAUUCUACCACGUCCUCAUACCGAAGGAAAAGAACACACUGCUGAAGGAAUGGGACCUGUGGGGACCGCUGUUACUGUGCACGUUUAUGGCCACCAUCCUGCAGGGCUCGUCCGACGACAUGCAAGACGGUGGGCCGGAGUUCGCACAGGUGUUUGUGAUCGUGUGGAUCGGUGCCAUGAUUGUGACGCUGAAUUCCAAGCUGCUCGGAGGGAAGAUAUCCUUUUUUCAGUCGGUCUGCGUACUUGGCUACUGUCUCACUCCGUGCGCUCUAGCACUGAUAGGUUGUCGGAUAAUUCUGCUAGGAGAGCAAACGGCAUUUCUUUUCUUCUUACGAUUCCUAGUAGCAUCCGCCGGAUUCGGAUGGGCAACGUACGCCUCGAUAAUAUUCCUCGGUGACAGUCAACCACCGAACCGGAAAGCUCUUGCCGUGUAUCCUAUAUUCCUUUUCUACUUCAUCAUCUCGUGGCUCGUCGUUUCGCACAGCAAUGUGUAAUGGACGGGCGGCAACGUUGAUGGACUUCAAUUAAAUUCCAUUGUGAUCAGUGUAAAGAGCUAGAAACCUGAGUGGACCUGUCGCGCUGACUGAAUCGUGAGCAGCAACUAGAGUGGUACUUUUGAAGUAGUUUUUUCUGCACUGUACCCAAGAUAAAGUCAGCAAGAGAGAGAAAGAGAGAGAGAGAGAGGGUACUCACACAUGACGACAUCACGGCCAGUACUACAACAGCAAAGGCAGGUUAACAUUGACGGUAGGGAAAUCGACGUUGGAGGAAAAACCUAAGCAUAUGAUCCACUUAGAGUAAUCGCUAUCUGUACUGUAACGCCUAGAAUACACCUUUUGUAUUAUACAACUUUCCACAUAAUAGAGUAAUAAAGGGAAGAAUUCGCACCGUUCGAAUUCGUGCAAUGUAAUGCAUGCUGUUGCGACGCCUAGACUGACCCGCUCUCAACAGGGUGACUUAAGCUGAAACCCGAUUGAAAUCAACCAAGAUAGGCAUGAAAAAUCGAAAAGGCAGGCUUUAUUGCCGUUGGAAAGAUUGUGAUUAAUCUUGUUUAUGUUGCCGCGUCUACAAUAUUGAUCAGUACAUCUUAGAUCACGAUUGUACGAUAAAUCAACCCCAGGAAGAAUCAUUGUUUGUUCAAAGUUCGUAAAGGAUCUGACCAAAUAGGCUGUCUGAACUGGCAAACAGCCAAUAGCGGAAGAAGUCUUAUCAAUUUCUAGGGACAAAGUAAAACCCUGGUGGCAUUGUCAUCUCGGGGUGGGUGCCAAUGGGACCACCAAUCUUUUAUCAUUAAUUGCUUUCGGAGUUGUCACAAAGAUCAUAAAUUUGAGUUGAUUUCGGAUCUUGCCAGACAGUUUAAGCGUUGCCAACAUGUUGGACGCAUAUCACUUAACGACCCACAUGCGCCGGUAAUGUUGGCGAUAAAAGCCUCUCUUAAGCCUUCUUCUUCUUUUGGGAGCUAAAACCUUAGAAAUUCUUGGUCCUCCAUUACUAGCUUCCUCAGUUCUGGAUGAGAUUUGAUUCGAGUCCUACAGUGCCAUUCUAGAGUCCGUCAAACAUCAAAAACACCCGCCGAUUUGCUCGUUUUGCUUAGUAAACUCACCACUAAGAAGAAUUUAUUUACCUUUCGCUAACCUUAUUGCCUAGGGACACUCUUUUCGAAUAUCAUCGUGCAGUUUCCGAACUCAAAACGUUCACAUUGGUUUCUUUCAUUGGCCUUUGGAUUGUUCCCGAACUCUCGUAAAACUUAAACGCUACCCCAAUUUCACACGGAAAACAACGGGAAUAAAACACAACAGAAAACUGCGGCUUGCCGCACGGGGAAAACCAAAA